AUGAGCCGUUAUCCAGCAUCAAAGCACUUUGAAAAGCUUUAUUGGAAGCUCAAAGAUCUCGCACCACAUGCAGACCAGAACAAGUCUCACAUUAUUGUUCUGAGUGGAGAACGGACGGGAUACAGAAAUGACACGGAUAGGGAACUCAUAUUUAGACAGGAAUCCAACUUCUUCUGGCUCAGCGGAUGCGACUUGCCCGGUAGUCACCUCGUACUUUAUUACGACUUUGGAAGAACCUCCGGAUCAUUUAAACAGCACUUAUUCAUCCCAGAGGAAGAUCCCCUUGAAGUCUUGUGGUCCCCUGCUCCUCCCAAUAUGGAGGAGGCGCGCAAGAUGUACGACGUGACUGAGAUUAGCUUCAGCAAAGACUUCCAAUCAGUCUUGACAGACGUCUUGAAGAAUCAUCCUCAGCAUAUUCUUCAUGUCCUCCCCUCCUCUUCUCUCUAUCCCUCCCACCCAGAUACAGUCGCCACUUGCCUGCAACCCUCGACAGACCAAUACUUACUUACUGCACUCCACCAAGUGCGACUGAUCAAGGACGAGUACGAGAUUUCUCUCAUCCGCAAAGCAAAUGAAAUCUCGUCUCGUGCUCACGAAGUGGUCAUGCGCCUCUUGGGCCAGGGAGUCCGCGACCUAGAGAUACGUUCAAAUGGAGUGCCAAACGGAAAGAAGGUGAAUCGGCCACUUAUGCCGCAUGAAUGGAGGAUUCACCACGAAGCUGAGGCUGAAGCCGUCUUUGUCGCCAGCUGCCGGCGUGAAGGUUCGAUCCACCAAGCAUACCUUCCAAUUGUUGCCGCGUCUACUCGCGCUUCUACUCUUCAUUAUUGUUGCAACGACAAGCAGUUUAGCUGGGGUCCCGACAUUCACAGUGAUGCCGACCUCGAGCAUGAUCAUCAAGAGUGUCUCGCACCACAGGUGCUUCUCAUCGACGCAGGGUGCGAAUGGAGAAACUAUGCGUCCGACAUUACUCGUGUGACCCCCGUAGGGAACGGAGGAAAGUUUUCUCCUGAAGCACGGGCAAUCUACGCCACAGUCUUGAAGAUGCAGCUGGCAUGCAUUGAAGCAGCUAAACCUGGCGUACACUGGGAUCACCUUCACCUCAAGUCUCACGAGAUUCUCGUCGAAGAGUUGAUCAAGCUCGGUAUUCUGGUCGGAGACUACAAGACCGUCCUAGAGAGCGGAGUGUCUGCCGCAUUUUAUCCACACGGCCUAGGCCACUCGCUAGGAAUGGACGUCCACGAUUGCCCAUCUGCUUCCAAGCCCACUGAGAACAAGACUAUCCCAGCGUCAUCCUCGCAGAACCCCGAGUUUUAUCGCUACCUCCGUCUGAGGCUCCCGUUGGCAGAGAACAUGGUUGUGACAAUUGAGCCUGGAUGCUACUUCUCCCCGCAUCAACUUGCGCCGGUCCGAAAUUCACCAUAUAUCAACCAACAGGUUCUCAGUCGAUAUGAAUAUGUCGGAGGCGUACGUAUCGAAGACGUUGUUCUCAUCACGGCCAAUGGGUGUGAGGUUUUAACGCCAGUAGGCAAGGAUAUCGAGUGGCUCGAGGCCGUCGCUUCUGGUAGUAUCUAA